GCUGUCGUCACCUGUCAACGUAACAGCAUGCAUUGCAUUGUAUUUGUUACUCUGGUAAACAGAUUGUCAAAAUAAACGAUUUACAAUCGUUCGCAGAGUUUCGUUUUUUAAAACAUUUCUAAUAAACCAGAAAAAGGAUGUCAGACCCAGAGGAUUUCGAUGACCAAGAAGAGAUGGAUGUUGAUCUUUCGCAAGCCGAUCCAGAUGACGACGUAUCGGAUGAAUUGACCGAUGUAGGCGACAGCGGUGAUUCAGACAUCGAUGAAGAGGUGCAGUUGUAUGAAAAAUACGCCGAAAUUUUGGGUCAAAUCUCUGCCGACAUUUACGGCUACGAUAAUUACGUUCAAUUGGUGCAAGUGGCACAGCAAUUAAAUGACUUGGAUAAGAUCAGAGAGAGUUGUGAGCUGUUUAGUUCGCAAUUCCCAUUGGCUCCUGAGAUUUGGACAAAGUGGCUUCAAAUCGAAUUGACCAUCGCAACUAGCCAAGCUGAGCUGGAGCAUUUGCAUGGACUGCUCAAAAGGGCACUCGCUGAUUAUUUUUCGGUUGCAGUAGGAGGACUACACGCACAAAUGGCUUCGAAAUUUCCGAAUGCUCAGGAAAUUUGGGACGAAAUUCUGUCAACAUAUGCCUUGGAUUGUAUGGAAGGCAGUACAUUUUUUAAAGAUUGGCGCAAUUACUACACCAAACAAGUGCCAGAAUCACCCGAGAAAGUCAAAAAGUUACUCGAAACGUACACAUACGAAUUGUCAUUACCUCUCGCUGGAAUUCAAGAAACGUAUACUGAAUUCUGUGAAUUCGUCGACAAAUACAAUGAAGAGGUCGAUUGGGAGAAAAUCAAUGAGACGUACCACAAAGCGAAGGACGGUUUGUGCGCAAUGCUUAAAUUUGAGGAGGAACUGGUGUCACUCGACGAUAAGGAGCAUCACAAAAGAGCUUCAAUCUUUUUGGAAUAUAUUGAGAAAUGUAAAACGUUUCUCAAUGAUCGCAUGGUUCAGAUUCUCUACGAACGAAUGGUCACGGCUUGUUGCUUGAGUGCACCGACUUGGGGUAAAUACGUGAAAUACCUCAAAAGUCGUGAAACUCAGCCGAAUGAACGUGAAAAAUCGCAAGUGCUCAAACAGACUCCAUUAGAUGUAUUGAAUCGUGCUUUGCGCAAUUGCACUUGGAGUGCUGAUCUGUACAUCGAAAAGAUACGAUUGUGUGAGAAAGCGAACAUCCCAAAGGGUGAUAUCACCCAAAUUGCACAACAGGCAUUCGAAGCCACAAAUAGUGAUGUCAAAGGUCAUUUAAACGUUUGGUUGGAAUAUUUAUCGUAUAUCAAACGAAACACAAAUCUCAAUGAUGCAAAAGAAGUGGAAAUUCUGCGAAAAACAAUGGAAUUGGGCCAAGACUCGUUAACACGUCGUUCGGCCGAUGAAAACAAUGAUUUUGAUAAACUGUGUGCCCGUAUUGAAUAUGGACCAUUACAGAGUGGUGAUCAUGGUUAUCAGCAUUACGACAAAGUCAUCAAGAAUUUUAACAAUCAAAAUAGAGCUAUUCUAUGGAUUGAAUUUGCUCAAUUGGACUCAAUCCGCGGCGUUGAUGCAGCUCGACGAAUUUUCCGCCGUGCCAUCAAAAUAAAGAAUAUCGAUGACUUUGACACGGUGAUGUCAUCGUGGAAAUCGUUCGAAUACGCAUACGGUACAACGGAUCAAAUCCGAGACUGCAACGAGAUUUGUGAGAAAAUCAUCGACAAUUACAAUAAACAUGUGGCCAUCAAGGCUAAAGCACAAAAACGUAAGCCCGAAGCGGAAGGUGAUUCAAAAAUUGCCGAAAAAAAACAAAAGACAGUGGACAAAAGCGCAUUGAAUCCAUUCAAGAAUGUGGAAUCGAAAAAAACCGAGCCGAAGAAGAUUGAGAAACCAGAGAUCAAAAAGCCUGAAGCUAAGGCUCAGCCAGUUGAGCAAGAGUUUGGUGAAAAAGAUGACGUGUCCAUUUUCAUAAGUAAUUUGGGAUUUGAAGUCACAAAAGAGCAGAUUAUUGCCGCUUUUCCAGAACUGAAUAUCAAAGAUGUGACUUUGAUUGCCGCACCGGGUGGCCGCAGCAAAGGCUAUGGAUAUGCUGAAUUGAGCAAUUCAUUCGAAGUAGAGAAAGCACUGUCAUUUGAUCGACGCUCCAUUAGCGGUCGUCCAGUUUUCAUAAAAAAGGUCGUACGUGACAAGAACACUCGUCCCGCUUUUAAAUAUUCCGAAAACAAAGAAUCAAAUAAAAUCUUCAUCAAAGGCCUACCGUUCGAUACAUCAAAGGAUGAGUUAGAAGUUCUCUUCGGUACCUUUGGAACGAUCAAAGACACCCGAUUGGUUACGAGGAAAGACGGAAAAUUCAAGGGAAUCGCCUUUAUCGACUUCGAAUCAGACAAAGCAGCAAGUAAAGCGGUUGAAGCCAUGAAUUCGUUUGUUUUCAGAGGUUUUACGAUCAUCGUCGCCAUAUCAGAUCCACCAGCGAAGUCAGACAAUCCACGACCAGCAGGCUUUAAGCCAAAUACUCUAACUGGUUUUAGAGCGUCCGCACCGAGAAGUGAAGCGAAACCGCGGCUUUCUUUCAUUCCAACGUCGGUGCAACGCAACGUGACAAAAGCGUCAACAUCAGCCGCAUCAAAUGGAACCUCCGCCGACAAACCAUCUACUUCAAAGUCAAACGACUAUUUCCGUCAGCUAUUGAAUAAAAAAUAAAUCGAAACUCCUCAACACUCAUUAAUAAAUCGAUUCGAAAUUUAUUAAAAAUAUAAUCCAAAUGCAUUGAAAUUGCAUUAACAAUGUAAAAUAAA